CGUUCGACCCCGAAUAGAAGCAAUUGUUAACCCAAAGAUGAAACAGUUUGUGGUGCUAGCCUUAAUCUGCGUGGCCUUGGCCUUGGCCUGUGUCUGUGCCCAUCCGCUGGAGCCAGUCGAGGAGCAGCUCACGCUGGAGCAGGUGGACGCUCCGGCUGGCAAUGAUGCGGACGGAGUGCGUCUUGCACGUCACUUUGGCGGCGGCGGCGGCGGAUUCUGCUGCGGCGGCGGCGGCGGUGGCUUUGGACGACCCGGCUUUGGCGGCGGCGGCUACGGCGGUUAUCCGGGCGGCGGCUUUGGCGGCGGCGGCGGCGGCUAUCCCGGCGGCGGCUUUGGCGGCGGCUAUCCCGGCGGCGGUGGCUUUGGACGCCGCGGCGGCGGCGGCGGCGGCUUUGGAGGCGGCAGCGCCUCAGCCUCUGCCUCGGCCUCAGCCUCAGCCAGCGGCAACUUUUAUGGAAAAUAGACGAACUUGAUGUAAAAACCAAACAAAUAACAAUAAAAAAAAAUUCGAGAAAAAAAAACGAACACGCCUUUGAGACAGACGCAAAUAUAUAUCCGAAAUGUUCACGCCUUCUGGCAGCCGGUUUUGCGCUCCAAAGCAAACAAAACAAUAACAAUAGCUUUAACAAUAAUACUAUUAAUCAAAAACUAGCUGGCGAAUGCGAAAAUUAUAUUUUUAACGCACUGCAAAAUAAUGUAAGACUCAGAAAUAUUCCAGCGGGUAGCUCAAAAUAUUCCGUUGACUUCAAUUAAAACUGCCCGAAAAUAUAUAUAACGUAAUACUCAUAAAAAAAAAACGGGGCCUGGCCUGAAAAGCGAAACCGAAACUGAGACAUUUGUCAAAUUUGUUCAGACAGAAUCGAAAUUUACCAGUUUUACAGCUUGAAAUGAUUUAUUCUCCGAGCCAAAAAAAAAAAAAAAAAAAAAGUGAUAAAUGAUUUAA